AGCUGUGUAUCUGUGGUUGAGCUUCGUCCACCACCAGAGCUGGUGUAGCCUGUGCGCUGAAUGGGGAUUACUCGUUACGCACGAACCGCACCUCAGUACAUAUUAGAGCGGAUACCGGAGGUCACGAUUCCCCUAUGAGCAGGCGGACAACGGAAAAGACAACUCGGUUCGUUCCAGGACAGAUCUGAGGUGUCUUGCUCCAGUGUUGCCAUGGAGAAAGCUUCGGGUCCCCUUCCGAAGCCGGCGGAGAGCAUGGAGCAGAUUCACGAAGAACCCUCUCCGGAUCUUACUGCGGGAAGCGGAGAGUUUGCGGAGCCGGUGGGACUGCCAGACCGGAUCCCCCUCGUCAAGCCUUACCUAAAAAAGAAGCUCAUUCAGAGGAAGGUGGACACCAAGUGUUUGCGGGCGCUGGACACCAUUCUGACGUCCUUGCUGGGCUCGGACACGCUCGUAGGGGGCGACGGGGUGUUCGUGCCUCAGACGCCACUGAGGGUGCAGAGGCACCUGUGCUCGGCCGCGGGGCAGAAACUACCCCGGAGAAGGCGGACGUGCUCCAGGAGCGAAGCCACAACCUCGGGACUGUUAUCUGGGGACAGACACAGGAGCGUAGCCAGCCAGCUCUGCUCCUCAGGGCUAAGCAAAGGGGACGAGCAGCCACUCCACGGAGGCUGUGGGACGGUAGCGGUGGCUAACGCUCGCCAUCUUUCGUCUCCGGGGGGCGAGGUGACUGUCACCAGAGGCGGCGUGCGGGAAACGGCCGAGGCACCGCAGACGGAUGCCAGCUGCCCGGGAGAUGGGCUCUUCCAGGGCAAGAGCGAGGAGGCCUCUCUGGACUUGGUGUUCGACCUCCUGACCCAGCUGCAGUACCACACACACCAGGCAGACGCGGUGCCCAUCUGCAUGGACUUCCUGCGAGGGGCAUGCGCCUACGGCAGCGACUGCGCCCACCACCACACCGUGCUGCCGUACCACUGGCAGAUCCGGCGCGCCGACACCGCCGUCUGGCACAGCGUGUCCGACGACUCCCAGGACCAGCUGGAGAGGCUCUACUGCAACCCGGACAACGAGGACGUCCGACUCAAGUACCAGGGGCGUGUGUUCAUGCUGGACUUCAGCACCAUGCAGGUGCGUGACCUUGAGUUUGACCAGGUCAGGCGCCUUUCCACACCUUCCCUCACCACAACCGCACCACCUGAUGCUAACCCUGCCGCCAGCUACCACACAGUGUGGAAGUACUACUGCAAAGAUAACCUGGGGUGGAGAGAGUACUCUGAGCCGGUGGUGCGACUCAUUGAAGAGGCCAGUGGGCGUGGUCUGAAGGAAGUUCGCUUUGUCACACACCAGAACCAGUAUGUCCUGAACAUCCGAGACGGGUUCCAGCAAAAUGGUGUCUUCGGGUUCCGCCGGCAGAUCAGGAAAAGGCCGCUCUUCCUCUCCUCUGUGCUGCUCACGCCUUACUUGCGAACACUCGGUGGUCUCUGCUCUACAGAGAGCUCUAGCUCACCACCCCCCUCCCCUAUGGCACUGGCUCCACGCACCGCACUGCCUCCUCCCGCUACGCCAGCUUUUCCCGCCACGCCGCGGGUGUUCCCAGAGACCUGGCUGCCCAUGGGAUCCUGCCAGGACUUCGUCCAGGUGCCCGUGUCCUCGGAGGACCGGAGCUACCGCACCGUCUACAGCCUGUUCCACAGGACCGUGUCGGAGACCCGCUUCCGCAUCCUGAAGAUCUUGCGGGUCCAGAACCCCUUCCUGUGGGAGAAGUACAAGAGGAAGAAGGAGUACAUGUCCAGGAGGAUGACGGAGGCCGAGCGCGGCCUGAACGAGCGCCACCUCUUCCAUGGCACCUCUCAGGACGCAGUCGACGGCAUCUGCAAGCACAACUUCGACCCCCGCGUGUGCGGCAAGCACGCCACCAUGUUCGGCCAGGGCAGCUACUUCGCCCGCAAGGCCAUCUACUCCCACAACUUCUCCCGGCGCUCACCGAAGGGCGUGCACUACAUGUUCCUGGCCAAGGUCCUGACGGGCAGGUUCACGCUGGGCAACCCCUCCAUGCGCCGUCCGCCCGCCCUCCGCCUCGGCGACCCCUCUAGUGACCUGUUCGACUCGUGCGUGGACAACUGGGUCGACCCGCAAAUAUUCGUCAUUUUCAACGACGACCAGACCUACCCCUACUUCAUCAUCCAGUACGAGGAGGUCUCCAACACCGUGUCUGUCUGAACUGUACUGUGGGAGGGGUUUACCUGGAGACUUUGGCAUGACCCCAGGUGAAUUUCAACUGUUCAGUCUUCCUGUGUGCUACAACGACAGGUGGAGAACUAGUAUGACCCUCCUUUCCUGCCCCCCCCCCCCCUCUAAGUCUCCUGGCCUGAGUCCAGUGUGAGAGGAAGCACUUUGGGCUAUCCCAUAGGGGUGGAGCAUUGGCUCCUUGGAGGUGUAGCUGCAUGCCCCAGACUGGUAGAGAUGUAAGUAGCAGGGGUGGGGCUGUCACAGGCUGUUGAUCUGUUGAUCUCUGUGCUCUGAGUGGUGUGGCUGUAUGUCCACAGUCUUCUCUAAAUGCACGUCCAGGGUAGAUUCCUGUUUUUCUUUUUUUUUUUUUGAUCU